AUGUCCAAGACAAAAACGAAGCGCGCGCGCCGUGAAUUGAAGCGCGAGGGCGAGAGAAAAAUAGCAGCACACCACCGCAAGGCAGCAGCAAAAGCCGCAGAAACAAAACAAGCCGCGACGAAACCACUCGCGAAGAAGAAGAAGCAAAAGAUGGAUUCGGCCGCCGCAAAAGACGCACCACCAGCGACCAAGCCCGCCCACUUCCAGCCCUCACAGCGAAAACACGCCAUCCCCUUUGGCGAAUAUGACCACAUCCUCCUCGUCGGCGAGGGCGACUUCAGCUUCACACGGUCCCUCGCCAUCGAGCACGGCUGCGCAAACGUCACAGCCACAAGCUACGACUCGCACGAAGACGUCUCCUCCAAAUACCCAACCUUCGAUCCCAUCUCCACCGAGCUCUCCUCCCUCACACCCCCAGUCCCCCUCUUCCACUCCAUCGACGCCACAAAACUCUCCAGCUACAAGCACCUCCGCUGCAAACGCGACGACAAUGACAAUGACAACGACAACGACGGCGAUGGCGACCAAGGCUGGGACACCAUCGCCUUCAUGUUCCCGCACACGGGCGGUCUCAGCACAGAUGUAAAUCGCCAGGUCCGCGCGAACCAAGCGCUACUGGUGGAAUUCUUCAAGUCGUGCAUCGAUACCAAGGAUGCGAAGAGGAGGUUGCAUAUUCUGCAGAGUCAGAAGAGGGAGAGGGAGGAGAGUAGGAAGAGGAAGAGAGGGAAGGAGCAGGGUGAUUUGCAAGAACAAGAGGGGGGGAGGAAGAAGAAGAUGGAGCAGAAUGUUAAGCCGUUUCUUCGUAUGGGCGGCAAGAUUAUAGUUACGCUGUUUGAGGGGGAACCGUAUACUUUGUGGAAUAUUCGCGAUUUAGCUCGCCAUGUUGGGCUGAGGGUCGUUGAGAGCUGGAAGUUCGAUUGGGAGCAGUAUCCGGGGUACCAUCACGUUCGUACGCUGGGGGCGCUCGAGGGCGGUGGUGGGUGGAAAGGCGAGGAUCGCGAGGCGAGAAUGUAUGUGUUUGAGAAGAUUCCGCUUGUGGCUGAUAGUGAUGAGGAGAAGGAGAUGGAGAGGUUGGCAAAGGUGGCGAGGGGGGGACGGUUGCCGAGUCAGAAGGAGGCGAUGAAGGCGGCUUUGCAGGAUGAGGAAAAGGGUGAGGAAAAGGAAGACGAAGACGACGAGGAAGAUGAUUGA